UUUUAAACAGACUUGGAAAGAGGAAAACAGGGAUCUUAGUUGGAUCUGGCAACCCAGGCCAGCUCAGCUCUCAAUCUCAGUCCGGAUCUGAUUCCACCUGGAUGCACUCACUUCUCUUUCCUCAGCUUUAAUUUUUCUUUUCUUCUCAUCUCAUCCCGAUCCAAGAAGAAGUGCAGAGAAAUGGCUGGAGCGAUCAUCGAGAACAUGAGCACCAAAAAGUUGGUGAUGGUGGGAGUUGUUCUGCUGCUCUUCCAGGUUUUUGCCUUCAUGGUUGGAGGGCUGAUCGCCCCAGGUCCCACCUCCGCCAUCGACUACGUGGCCAUCAAGUGUGUGGACAACCAGAAGGGACACCUUCAGGGCCGGAAGUGGUUCAUGCCCUGGGGUCCGAACCAGUGCGACAAGAUUCGAGACUUUGAUGAAGCCAUGACCAAGAAGAUUGAAGCCAACAACAUCGUUUUCUCUGUUCACAUCCCUCUGCCCAGUCGAGAGAUGAGUCCCUGGUUCCAGUUCAUACUCCUCAUCCUGCAGUUCGACAUUGCCUUCAAAAUGUACAAUCAGAUCGAGGACGGAGCCACGGUCACGAUAGACGUCAGUCUGGCUUACAGAGACGACAUGUUGAGUGAGUGGACGGAGAUGGCGCACUCUGUGGAGCAGCGCAAACUCAGCUGUAACUUCACAACGGCCAAGAUUAUCGACAACGAGGGUCGCUACUACGAAUGUGACGUCUUGCCCUUCAUGGAGAUCGGCACCGUGUCGCACAAAUACUACCUGGUCAACAUCAGGCUGCCGGUUUACGAACGCAAGAAGGUGAAUGUGGGAAUCGGCGAGAUCAGAGACAUCCGCCUGGUGGGAAUCCAUCAGAAUGGUGGCUUCACCGAGGUCUGGUUUGCCAUGAAGACCUUCCUCACGCCCAGCAUCCUCAUCAUUAUGAUCUGGUACUGGAGAAGGAUUACCAUGAUGACGAGACCACCAGUCCUGCUGGAGAAGGUGAUCUUCGCUCUGGGCAUCUCCAUGACCUUCAUCAACAUCCCAGUCGAGUGGUUCUCCAUCGGAUUCGACUGGACAUGGAUGCUGCUCUUUGGAGACAUCCGUCAGGGAAUCUUCUACGCCAUGCUGCUCUCCUUCUGGAUCAUUUUCUGUGGAGAACAUCUCAUGGACCAGACGGAGAGGAAUCGCUUCUCCAUGUACUGGAAACAGGUGGGGCCCAUUGUCUUCGGCUCCUUCUGUCUCUUCAUCUUCGAUAUGUGUGAGAGAGGAGUGCAACUGACCAACCCCUUCUACAGCAUCUGGGCUUCGGAUGUUGGCACCGAACUAGCCAUGGCGUUCAUCAUCGUGGCUGGUAUAUGCGCCUGCCUUUACUUCCUUUUCCUGUGCUUCAUGGUGUUCCAGGUGUUCAGAAACAUCAGCGGGAAAAGAUCGUCCCUGCCUGCGAUGACCAAAGCUCGCCGUCUGCAUUACGAGGGUCUCAUCUUCCGCUUCAAGUUCCUGAUGCUGGUCACGCUAACGUGUGCUGCCAUGACGGUCAUCUUCUUCAUCUUCAGUCAGGUGAGUGAGGGACACUGGCACUGGGGAGAUUAUACCGUUCAGGUGAACAGUGCGUUCUUCACCGGGAUUUACGGCAUGUGGAACCUGUACGUGUUCGCCCUCAUGUUCCUGUAUGCACCGUCACACAAACGCUAUGGAGACGAGCAGUCCAGCGGAGAUCAGGGCGGGACCAGUGGAGAGGACAUCCAGCUCACCACCACCAUCACCCAUGCUGAUGGACCCACUGAGGUGUACAGAAUGAUGGGAAAGGAGUCGCAGGAGUAGUCGAUCAUCUUCCUUGAUCAUGCAUCCUUAAUCAUCUCAGCACACCAACAUGGCCACCGUCUGUCUUUAAUAAACUCCUUCUGAUGUGCACUGUUUCAGGCGAUCCGAACACAUCCACCUUAUCCAAGUGCCCUUGAUCAUAUGUUGAGGCUUAUGUUUUGUUCCAGUACUCUUUUAACCUUGCGCUUAUAGAUUUCCUCUUUCUGAAAUGUGCCUCAGAUUAAUUGUAAGUAGCCUCUGGUAGAAUGUGUUUCAUUUUCAAGAGCUCUUUGAAACGCUGCCUACUUAGGCCACUUUCUUCCAAAUUCAAUGCAGGGAUUGUGACGUUUUCGGUCUAAGGUGUUCCAUUACGUAAUUUUAAUUAUAGCUGUUGUAAACAGUUAGGUUAAUUCCCAUUAGGAAUUUCUUACCAUAUCAAUAUUGUUUGUACUCAAUAAUAUCACAGUAUAUUGAACUGGACAGUCGUUCACUUGAUGACUAGCUGGCUAACUGGACAAGCUAAAUACAAGCUAGAAUAGCAGCAGUAUGGUAGUGAAUUUUUCUUUUUUUUUCUUUUUUAAUGUUACAUUUCAUUGCUUUCCAUUUCAUUUGUAAACAACUUCUGUUUUAAGGUGCCCACUUAUGGAAUUGUUUUGUCCUCCAUCUUGGCAAAGGCCAUCAAACAAACUUUACAUGAUUAAAUAAUAAUUAUAAAAUGUGGUAUUUUUGGGGAUGCUGGAAAGGAGAAACUGUCAAAGAGGAAGUCCAUAAGUAGGUGUUUUAAAACAGUUUUGGAUCAUAACCUCAAAGAUUCGCUGCUUUUGCAGGACAGGGAUUUGGCGAGAUGGGAUUUGGCGCCAUCUUGUGGAUGGAAGAGGAAGCACAUGACGAUCAUCACAUGACCUAAUUCUUAGAACAUUCUUGGUCUUUUAUCAAGCAGGUAUUGUUCAUCUAUAGUUCAGUAGACUUUCAUAUAGUCAAGAGUUGACUCGAGUCACAAUACUCGACAUCACAUCUCAGUCAAAGCAACUGCUCUGUCCAUCAUAUCGCUCUGCUUUUUAUUUUUAUGAUGAACAGAAUUAUGGGAUUACCUUUUCUGAAAGCCGUCUUAGGAUUUCUGCAAAAUGAUGAACUGAUUUGGUCAUAGGAUAUUACCUGAAGUGUGUAUUAUUCUCAUCACUUGUUUUAAAUGGUUAAAAGUAAAAAUUAAAAACACUAUCUCAGCCUUUUUCAAUCUCGCAGUCUAGUAUAGUAUAUGCCCUGCCUCUUCUCCUCCAUACACCACGUUCAUAACACCUACAGCGUUCAGCAUCUUCACUCCAUGUUUUACAAAACACUAAGUUCAUACCUAGUAUGUUACGAUGUAGAUAUAUUUUUAUAAAGUGCUUAUUUUCAAUCAUGUUCACUGCAUCACUGACUGUUGUAUAAUAAAAAGGACUUUUUCAGAA